UCGAGUUUUUUUUGCCUUUUUGUUUUGCGUCUGCCUCUGUUUAUAUGGCAAAGACCCGAUGCGUUCAUCUUCAGUUCGUCCACAUCGGUCACCACGAUUGGAAAAGGGAUAACUGAGUUUAUUCCGUUGGAAAAUAAAAAAACACCUAAUUAUUUACUGGCGUUUCUUGUGUCAAAUAAACCAUAAAACUCGUUGCAAAAUGACGCGUGUCGCUCUUUGCAUGGCCGUUGCUUGCAUUUUGGUGCAAUGCGUCUACUCUGCAAAGUUCGAUGAACAGAACCGUCGUCUUAUUCUCGAUAUAAACGACCAAAAGACAACGAACCGUCAAUACUAUUCGUCAAAUAUUGACACAAAUGCCUAUCGGUAUGGCUACGAUGUCGGCAAGACCGGCAACUUCCAUCACGAGACCCGAGGUCCCGAUGGAGUUACCUACGGUUGCUACGGGCUGAUCGAUCCCUACCACCUGCUCCGGGCAACACACUACGUGGCCGAUGCUCACGGUUACAGGACUGUGGAGCCGCAGAAGCCAGUGGAGACAUUCCCGCCACAUCUGUACAAGGAGACCGACGGUGGUCCUUCGGAGCCGGGUAUCCUGCUGCAAUGGGAGGAACUCUACUUCCCCAUCGGAUGUGGAAAGUUUGCGAAUGGCGCCCAACACGGAGUGCCGUUCUUCCUAGAAGACUUCAAAACCAAGGGAGGCAAUGGCAACGAUGCGAUACCAUCGUUCUCCUCCAACACACUAGUGAUCAAGGGCUCCGACCAGAAGAGUCUGCCCAUCCACAAGCCCACCGGUCCUCUGGUGCCCCAGGGCACGGGCAUCUUCGGCACCGACAAGGGUCACUCCGAUCUCAGCCAUCCCGGCGAUCAGGCGCCGUCCUUCCAUUCGGUGAACACCCUGCUACCGGGCAGCAACAAUGAUGGCCAGUACGUGCCGGACACUAAUCCCUAUGUGCAUGUGAUUGGACCCAAUGGCGGAAGCGGAGGCAGCGGCUCCGGCGGCGGUUUUGGCGGAAACGGAGGCUUUGGAGGCGUUGGCGGUUUUGGACCCAACGGUCCGGGUGGUCCCAAUGGACCGAAGGGACCAAAUGAACCAAACGGACCACCGGGACCACCUGGCGGUUUGGGUCCGGUCGGCGCGGGAGGAGGAGCCUCAGGAAAACCGGUCUACAAGGAUGGCGAUCGAACUGGCCUGGGCAGCGGUUCCGGAAUCGGGUCCGGUGAUCGCAUUAGCACCGGAAACGGUGGCGCUGUCGGUUCCGGCGAUCGUUACACCACCGGAAACGGUGGUGGCAGUGGCUCCGGCGGUCGCUAUACCACCGGAAACGGUGGCGGCGUCGGCGGUGGCGAUCGCACGGGAACGGGCAGUGGCUUCGGAAUCGCUUCCGGCGGCCAGUACCGCCCGGAGAAUGAGGGAACCUACACCAGCACCUACACGCACACCGAGACCGGUUUUCCUGGGGCCAUUCCAUACACUCCAGAUAACGGUAAAUAUAACGGCAACGGCGGUCAAUAUAACGGUAUUAACGAUGGUCGGUAUUAUCACGAUGAUUCGGGCAAAUAUGUUCACGUUGAAGGCCCAACCGGUCCUCCAGCACCCCCAUAUGUCCACGUGGUUGGACCCGAAGGCGGAUACGGAGGAAACGGCGGCAAAGGAGACGGCGGCGGCGUAGGCCCCGGCGGCCCAGGUGGACCUAAAGGACCCGGCGGCCCAAAGGGACCCAACGGACCCAACGGACCUCCCGGACCCCCCGGCCCACCCGGACCACCUGGACCUCCCGGACCUAAGGGACCCACCAAGCCCGGACCUUUCGGACCACCGGGACCACCCGGACCACCCGGACCCACUCGUCCUGGACCCUAUGGACCUCCCGGCCCACCCGGCCCAACUCGUCCCGGCCCACCCGGACCACCUGGCCCAACUCGUCCCGGCCCACCAGGUAAGACAUUUAGCUACAAAGUUUUGUCAGUAAGUGAAACUAUAAAUACAAUAAUUCCAGGACCUACUCCCAACGAUCCUCGUUACUCGGACAAGGAAACGCCCGGCUACCUGCCACCAAACCAACCGGGUAAAAUCUCGAUCCCACCCCACUCACAAGUCAUUCAAAUUGAACCACCCACCAAGCCAGUUUAUAAGCCGAAUUACGAACACAACAAUGAUUAUGUUAUUAAGAAAGUACCUGUAACGACAAAGCCACCACUAACCUAUAUUCCUCCUUCUUUCCCCAUCACUCCGAAACCCUAUGUUCCCGUUCCCGUUCCACCUCAACCGCCAUCCCAAAAAAUAACCACGACGACGAUCGUACAGCCAAAGGUCCCGGUUAUCACUAUUGAGAAGGAUAAGCCCCAUAAGAGCGUUACUUCACCGCCAGUGACAACGGGUAAUAUUGAAAACCACACGUACCUACCACCACCACCGCCGACUCCAAAAUACGUGACCAAGACUCCGACUCCGACUCCGAUUCCGAUUCCGACUCGGACCCCGCCCCCAAUUUAUUACGAACCCUCGCCACCGCAACCUUUUGCAAAGGUUUCUGUGACGCCACCGCCACAAAUCCAAUACCAUACGCCACAGGUUCCCACCGUGGCUACCCCAAACAAACCCGUGACCGUUCCGUACAAACCUGUGACCAGACCGCCGCCAGUUUACGUUGAACCGAAAGUAACGCCACGUCCCUCUCCACCUUUGCAUGUGCCAUCGAUCAGCGAGUCCUGUGUAUGUAACGCCGAUAAGACGCACUCAUCGAAAAGCACCCUUACCUCAACCACAACCACAACCACCACGAACUCCUAUCCCAAUCCCGCCUCCGUUGACUUUAACAAACAAUUUUCCGGCUUCAAUGGACAAGCAAACUUCGGCAGCAUAAUAAACGCCAUGUCACUGACCCAACUGCCGGUGAUACCCCAAGCCCCCGGACAGCCGGCCUUCUAUCCUCCGGACAAGAUCCCCAAGGGAGCCGUCAUUGCCCUGAUGCCCGUGGUCAUCCUGCCACAGGAGUACUAUUCCAACUGCGAGGAGAACUCAAUUAACCAGCACUCGAACAUCGAUCCCUUCCCGCUGGGCGUCCAGCCCUCGGUGUCCUUUAGCCUGCACUCGGUGCUGACCGGUUCGGCGCCCAAGGAUCAGUGCAUGUGCCCGUGCUCGUGCACCCAGAACCUGCCGGGAAGAUUACACAAGAAACGCGAGGCCAGCGAUGCUGAGGCUCCGGUGGAGGUCAAGGUGGCCUCUCCCUCCGAGGAGGUGAAGGUGCUGGCUGAGCCCAUAGCCUCUCCCUCCGAGGAGGUGAAAGUCCUGGUCGAUCCCAUCCCAGAGGCCAAGGCCAAGGUCGAACCAGUCGCAGCCGCUUCCGAAGAGGUCAAGGCCGAGGUUGAGCCCAAGCCAGCAGCCUCCGAAGAGGUCAAGGCAAAGGCUGAACUCAUUGCAGCUGCCUCUGAAGAAAUCAAAGCUAAGGUUGAACCCGAAGAAGCGAAAAUCCUGGCCGACCCCAAGCCCGAGAUCAAAGCGACUAGCGAGACGAACUAAGACAAGGACAGGAGAACCACCCAAAUCCCCUCCCAGAUCCCGCUUUAAUCCCAUCCCAACCUCGAUCCUACCUCCCCAAGUAAAAAAACAACAACUAAACCUAGUCUAAGUGUUUUUAGUGUCUGCCAGGCAGGACCAACCAGCAUUUAAGAAGGGUAAAUCGAGCGGAGAGCCCAGUUAAUGUGUUCGCUUUCUUGUGUGUUAUUCGAAUUCGAAGAUUUUGUAUAUUCAGCAGUUUUGGUAAAUGCACUCCAGACCGCCUGUCCACGACUACUUUCGGAGCUCUCUUUGUAAAAUUUUCCUUAAACACUGUUUGUAAUCUAAACGUUUCCUUGAAGAGAGAGCGCUGGGAAUUGGCAAAAAUGAGAAAAUUGUUCUGUGACAUGUUGUUUAUUAUGCAUUUGUGUAUGCUUUUUAUUUCUUUAUGAUUUUGUUCAGUUUUUUUUCUUUAUGAUUUUUUAUCGACUUUAGUUCUUAGUUUAUUUAAUGUCUACUCUAAUAAUGAUUGAGACGGAAUAUUGAAUUGUUAUAUCAAAAGAGAAAUAUUGAAAUUAAAUAAAAAUUAAGAAAAAAUGCA